AUGGCGGGGCCAGAGUUGUACUUCGAGAAGUUUCUAGGAAAAGGUUCUUUCGGUUCCGUGAGCCUCUUCAAGUACAAAGGAAGACGCGACAGCAAGACCCUUUACGCCGCCGCGAAAACCUCCGACGAUAAACACGCCGAGUCUCUCUACAGAGAGUAUCGAAUCUUGUCUAAAUUCAAAGGGUGUCCGAGAAUCGUCCAGUGCUACGGGACCAAAGUGCAAGAGACACUCAACGUCCACGAAGGUCGCGUAGAAGAGUUUACUCGUAUGCUUCUCGAAGGCUUAGCCACGAUUCACCGAAACGGCUAUGUUCACUGCGAUCUCAAACCAGGGAACAUCCUCGUUUUCCCGAGCUGUUCUGUCAACAAGAACGGUGCGUGGAGUUCAUCUCACGAGUUGAAGAUCUCAGAUUUCGGGUUGUCGAGAAGAGACGGCGACCGUAGCUGGUGGAAGCCUCGCCGUCCGUUUGCCGGAACACCGAUCUAUAUGUCACCGAAAUCGAUUUCUCACGGCGAGACAGGGAGAGGACUUGAUUUAUGGUCGUUGGGAUGUGUCGUCUUGGAGAUGUACACUGGGAAGAAACCGUGGUGGCAUAAAAACUACGACUUGGAGGAUCUCAAGAACUGUCACGAGCCGCUGAUUCCGCGUGAUCUUCCUUGUGAUGCAAAGCUCUUUAUCAUGACUUGCUUCGCCCUUGACGUAGAAGACAGAAAAGAUGCGUCGACAUUGUUGAGGCAUACCUUCUUGCGUGGAGAGGUCACAGAGCCUCUAGUGAAUGUGAAGACUGGUGGUGGUACGAGGAAAGUCGUUCCGGAAUUAGAGAAAAUCAGACAGAGGCUUUCGGAGAUUAGGAGUAUUUGUGUGUAG